CAGCUGCUGGGCUGACACGUAACUAAAGUUAAAGGUGCUAUGGAGGCCUCGUCGGGGACUUGAGGUUUGACUUUCUUCAUAAUAAGCUUCUCUGAACUGUGUCGGAAAAGCAAACGCCUGCAAAGAGACACGGAGACGGACGCAGGAGUCGGUUUGUGCUGCAUUUGAGCUGCAGAGCAGGAGUUUGACGGGAAGGCAAGCGAAAAUCUGAGCGGCUACUUUGAAGUCAGAGGGGAGAGUUACGACUGGAUGUGGCUAUGCUAAAAUGUUGUAAACACUGGGAAGUAUUUGCACUUAACUCGUAUUUGUGCUUGGAAAUGCUCGGGGAGUGAGGGGACGGGAUCUGCAUCGGUCAGAAUCAGGAGGUAAAAAGUUGGGUCGGAAGUUUCCAGCAGCAGAGACGGGGUUUUCUCGCGCAGACGGCGGGGAGGGGUGCGGGUCCAACAUGGGAAGCGGGGUGUGCUCCCGGAGGCAGCGGAGGAUCUUCCAGUGUCUCCUGCUGGUCACCGUGGUCUGCGGGAUGAUGUACGGGGGCAUGAUAUCGUAUGAGAUGCACAAACAGCUCAAGAGGACGGAGGCGAUGGCACUGAAGUACCAACAACAUCAAGAGUCUCUGUCGGCGCAGCUCCAAGUGGUGUACGAGCAUCGCUCCAGGUUAGAGAAAUCUCUUCAGAAGGAGAGAUUAGAGCACAAAAAGGCCAAAGAAGAUUAUUUGGUUUAUAAGCUUGAUGCACAACAGUCACUCAACAAGGAGAAGCAAGAAGCCAACAGCAGACUCAAUUCUCUACAAGUGCAACAUCAGAUGCUGAAGAACCAGCAUGACGACUUAAAGAAGCAGUUUUACGAUCUGCAGGAACAGCACCAAGUGCAGGGCGAGGACCACAGUCGGCUGCUGGAUGAACACAAAGAGCACUACGAGAAACUGCAGCAAAUGAAAGAAGUGGAAAUCUCCCACCUCAAAGAUAAUGUAUAUAACCUGAGGGAGGAAAACAAACAGCUGAGAAAGGCCCACCAUGACAUUCACACACAGCUACAGGAUGCACAGGUUCGGCAUCAAGACCUCAAGACAGCCCACGACCAGCUCGCACUGACACUGGAAGACCACAAGAGUGCGCUGGCUGCAGCUCAGGUGCAGGUGGAUGAAUACAAGCAGCUGAGGGAGUCCCUGAAUAGGUCGCCAUAUUUGAGACAGCCUGAACAAAACCCGGCCCCCCAUCAGCAGCAAGCAGCUGCCAUAGCACCCGAGUCCCAUAUUCAUGAAGCCCAACGGGCCACAAUACUGGAACAGCCACACAAUGACCAGCCCGCCCCUGAGGACCAUCACCAGGACCACCGGGAUCACCAGGACACUGAGUCCAGGUUGGACCAUCAAGGAGAGGAGACGCAUGCCCACCCAGAGCCCCAGUCCCACCCCAUCGUAUCUCAACACCCAUUGUCAGACAAAGAGGAGGAUGGAGAGGGCGAGGCUGAGAGGAGGAGGGAGCUGGCAGAGGAGGAGAUGGCUCAAGCAGGACAGCCUCAAAAGCUGGAGGAGGACCCGGACCAACAACAGGAAGAGCAGCAGGAAGAAGAGGUGGAGCCAGACCAGGAACAGCCGGAUGAGAACGCCCUGGAGCAACAAAAACACCAGCCAGAACCGGAUCCCCAUCAGGACGCCCAGCUGCAGCACGAGGCACACAACCAAGUGGAACGUGUGAAGUCGGCUUACGAGCAGCAGCAGGAGCAGCAGCGGCUGGAGGCUCAGAGGGCCGAGGAGCGCAGGCAGAUCCAGAUGCGACAGGAGGCCCUGCAGGCCCAGAGAGACAAGGUGCUGAAGGAGAGGGAGCAGCGGAUGAAGCAGGAGCAGGAGAGGGAGCAGCAGCAGCACAGGGAGGCCGACAAACGGGAGCAGCUGCUCAGAGAAGAGCACCAAAGGAAGAGGACCGAAUAUGAGAAUAUGGACAAUGAUAUUGUUCAAGGAGAAGAGGACCGACACACAGACGAUGAAGAAGACAUGUUACAUGAUGAGGAGGAGAAUCAAGACGUGGAUCACAGAGUGCCUACACAUCAGCAGGGUGCUGUAGUAAGUGAGCUGGACCCCGAGGACGACCCUAACAACCAGGGAGAGGACGAGUUUGAGGAGGCGGAGGACGAGAGACCGCAGCACAGGGUCGCAGAAGAGGAGGAGGAGGUGGUAGAGGAGGAAGAGGGGCCAGCAGCACCAGCCCAGCACAAAGACACGCACCCGGGACCCCAACGACCUGCUGUGGAGGAAGAACUGGUGAUGGCUGGAAACCCAGAUCAACAGGAAGACACGCUGGAUGACCAGUACCAGGAGGAAGUAGAGGACGAGGCACAGGAGGACAUAGCUGGUGGUCAGAAGAGAGAAGACGAGGUGGAGGAGGAAGGAGAGGAUCCAUAUAACGAGGAGAAUGUCGAUCAGGAUGAAGUAAAACACCAGGAGGGACCAAGAAAGGAGGGGGAUCACAGAAAAGAGGGAGAGAACAACGAGGAGGAGAAUUACGAGGAGGAAGAAGAGGAAGUAGAGGAGGACAUGGGUGGUCGAGACAAGGGAACCAAUCGGAGGGCAGAGAUGUAGGACGGACGCAAACUUUGACCAGUUGCAGUGCCUUUUUGGCUGCCCAUAAAGCCUAUUGGAUCUUUCAUUCCCUUGUCUCCCAAAGGAAUAAAACCAGCCAUCCAUUUAGAAGUCCAGUUAGGAAAAUUGGGAUAUCAAGCCUGGAAGAUGGGAUGUUUUUCCAAACACUGUGGGGAUGGAACUGAGCAGCUUACACUGUGGAAAUGGACAGAAUAUAUAGGGCGGAAAUGGGAUGUAUACUGUUUUGUUUUGUUUUUUAUUUCAUUUGCUUUUCUGUCUCCUCGCACGUCUGCCUGAUUGCCUGCCUGUUUCUGUUUCUUAACAGCAGACAGGCAGAGAAUGUAUUUCUAUCAUGUGCUGUCUUUGAAUAUUUGUAAAGAAAGCAAAGUUAAAUUAUGUUAUUCUGAUGUCCUCAUGUUCAGGCCUUUAUAUGUAUGUUUUAUGCAAACUGUUUUACUCUUUGUAGAGCUCAAAUUUUAAUCAGCAUCUUGCAUUCCAAUUGAUCAAGUCAUUUUCUGUUAUUUAUUGUUGAUUGUAACAACUCUGACAAUCUUAAAAAGAAAAGGUGCAACAUUUCUUUUUUUUCUCCUGACGGAACUACUUUGUGUAGUGUGUACUGUGUCAUAGUGGUUGAUGCGCAGUAUUUUCACUGGAUAUUUUUUGCCGGUGCCAGUCAAAAAGACAUUUCUGGUGAAGCCGUUCUAUGCUGAAAAUGUCACACUGACAUGUGCCUUUCCAUCCUUCAAGGUCUUAGUCAUUUUCCAUUUGGUAAAUCAUUUCAAUAGGACAGGAGAGAUAAGAGUAUGCCAGUUAGUGCUCAGCCUCUGGCAUAUUGCUUCAGCAUAUGCCUUAAAUGGAGGGCUGUUUCAUGUCAACUGCUGGUGUGAAUUCAAUUCACAAACCGAGUGCAAAAUCUUUAAUUUACUGUAGAAUGUAUAGUAAAACAAAUGCUGACAAUUUGUACAUUUUUCCACCUGUUAUAUUUGAUACAAGAAAUGGGCUUGUUAUUGUAUUGCACCAAGGCUGCCACCUGAUUGGUGUGUGUGGAAUAAAGAGGUCAGAGGAUUUCAGGUAA